AUUAGACUGCAAAGUGAUACUUUGCUGCCUGUCCUGAUCGGUACCCGGUAUGGCUUGCAAAACAAAUAAUCCUGAAACUAGAUUGACGAACAUCCCAACAUCGAUUUUUCGGAAUGUUCACCGCCCACUCCCCGCGUGAAAGUUGUUUCAUUUGCAUCCCUUCGCACAAAGAGGCUCAAACUUGCAACUAGUUUUGUGAGGCAGGUCCGGUCAGAGCGAUGGCUCGACGAUCCAACAUCCUUGCGGGUGCCGUGCUGCUGGCUGGCCUGGCAGCAUUGAACUCUGUGUCCUUCGUGAAUCCUCAGCCAGUUGAGCGAAGCAGCCGCAUGGCCAUGAAGGGCUCUGCUGUGGAAUGGGUACCAAAGCUUUCAAGGGAUGUGGUGGAGGUGAUGUUCACUGCUCCGGCGCAGGGUGCACGCUCCCGAAUGCUCAUCCGGGCUGAUGCUGAUGUGUCAGAGGUGAUCAAGCAGGGCAGGAAGAAGCUGGGAUUCGACCAGGACUGGAUGCCCGACUCCGACUUCAAGCUCUACAAUGCUGAAGAUGAAGAUGCUGGACCCUUGAAGGGCAAGAUGAGUGAGAAUGGCCUCAUCGACUUCUCCUACGAGAUCCACCUGUACUAUGAGCCUCAGUAGAGCCUUUUUUUAUUUGCUGCUUGCGUUUCUCCACUUCACGGAUCAGGGAGGAUGGGAAGAGAAA